AUGUUGGACCUUAAUCUUUUUCAAGUUGAUAAAGGAGGUAAUCCAGAACUAAUUCGAGAGUCUCAACGAAGAAGAGGAGGUUCUGUUGAAUUAGUUGACCAAAUCAUUAAUAUGUAUGAUGAAUGGCGGAAAGUAAAAUUUGAAUUGGAUCAGAUCCUCAAAAAACAAAAUGCGAUCCAAAAGGAAAUCGGGUUGAAAAAAAAGAAUAAAGAAGAUGCGUCAACGUUGAUUGCGGAUAAGGAAUCUCUCAAUUCCGAAAAAGGACGUCUUACCACUUUGGAAAAAGAGAAGGAAGAUUCACUAAAAGCGAAAGCUGCUUCUAUAGGUAACAUCGUCCACCAAUCCGUUCCUACCUCAUUAGAUGAAGCCAAUAAUGAAGUUAUUAGAAAAUGGGUACCAUCGGAGAACGUAGAAGGUAGUGAUGGUGUUAAGGAACCUGUAAAGCAAACAGGUAUCCUUUCGCAUCAUGAAGUCUUGUAUAGAAUUGAUGGAUAUGAUCCUGAGAGAGGAACAAAUAUUGCCGGUCAUCGAGGUUAUUUCUUGACAAAUGAUGGAGUAGAUCUUAAUAUGGCACUCAUACAGUAUGGACUUUCAUUUUUGCGAAAGAGAGGGUAUAAAAAAUUACAGACGCCAUUUUUUAUGAGAAGAGAAUAUAUGGCAAAGACAGCUCAAUUGGAACAAUUUGAUGAAGAAUUAUAUAAGGUUGUUGGAGAGGGUGAAGAGAAGGAUGAUAAAUACUUAAUUGCCACUUCAGAACAACCUCUUUCGGCAUUUCAUGCUAAUGAAUGGUUUGAACGACCAUCAGAACAAUUACCAUUAAAGUAUGCUGGAUAUUCUACAUGCUUCCGUAAAGAAGCUGGAGCACACGGAAAGGAUACAUGGGGAAUUUUUAGAGUACAUCAAUUUGAAAAAAUUGAACAAUUUGUUAUCACUGAACCAGAGAAAUCGUGGGAACAAUUUGAUCAAAUGAUUAACAUUUCAGAAGAAUUUUAUCAAUCGCUUGGAUUGCCUUAUCAAAUAGUUUCAAUUGUAUCAGGAGCACUCAACAAUGCUGCAGCAAAAAAAUAUGAUUUAGAAGCUUGGUUUCCUUUUCAAGGAGAAUACAAAGAAUUGGUUAGUUGUUCUAAUUGUACUGAUUAUCAAUCUAGAAGGUUAGAAAUUAGAUGUGGUAUUAAAAAAAUGAGCGAUCGCGAAAAGAAAUAUGUUCAUUGUUUAAAUGCUACACUGUGUGCUACUGAAAGGGCUUUAUGUUGUAUACUGGAAAAUUAUCAAACACCUGAUGAUGAUUGA